UUCGACGCUCUCUCUCUCUCUCUCUCUCUCCCUCCCUCCCUUUCCCCGGGUCCCUCUCUUCAUUCCACUUCCAAACAUGUUGCCUGGACGAUGCUGCGGUGCGGAGCUCCAGCUUUCCUGCCCGCGUACGGGACCGGCGCCGGCUCGCCGCAUCUGACCGAGCCGGGGGAGGAGGACCCGGGCGCGCGGCGCGGGGAGGCGGCGGUCUCCGCGUGGGGGGAGGCCAUGCGCGGGAGGCGCUACCUGCUGGAGAGGCCGGAGAGUGGAGCCGGUGGCGGCGGCGGGGGCAGCGGCAGCGGCGCGGGGGGGAAGCAGAAGUCCACCGACUGGCUGUACGAGUCCUACUACUGCAUGAGCCAGCAGCACCCGCUGAUCGUGUUCCUGCUGCUCAUAGUGAUGGGAGCCUGCCUGGCUCUGCUCGCCGUCUUCUUCGCCUCUGGGCUGGACAUGGAAGACCACGUGGCGUUCUUAAUCACGGUCCCCACGGCCUUGGCUAUUUUCCUGACGAUCUUCGUACUGGUCUGCAUCGAGUCCGUGUUUAAGAAGCUCCUGCGUCUCUUCUCCCUGGUGAUCUGGGGCUGCCUGGUUGCCAUGGGUUACUUGUUUAUGUUUUUUGGAGGAAUAAUCUGCCCCUGGGAUCAGGUCUCCUUCUUUCUCUUCAUCAUCCUGGUGGUGUACACCAUGCUGUCUUUCUCCAUGCGGGAUGCCGUGAUUGCCAGCGUGCUGACCUCGCUCUCCCACACCGUCGUGCUGAGCGUGUGCCUGUCGGCCUCCGCUGAUAAGAUGGAGCCCCUGGUGUGGCAGAUUUUGGCCAACGCCAUCAUCUUCAUCUGUGGCAACAUGGCGGGGGCCUAUCACAAGCACCUCAUGGAGCUGGCGCUGAAGCAGACCUACCAGGACACCUGCAACUGCAUCAAAUCCCCCAUUAAGCUGGAGUUCGAGAAGCAUCAGCAGGAGCGCCUGUUGUUGUCCUUGCUCCCGGCUCACAUUGCGAGGGUGAUGAAAGCAGAAAUCAUACAGAGGCUGCAGGGGCCAAAUUUCGGCCAAGCCGAGAACACAAACAACUUUCACAAUCUCUACGUGCAACGGCACACCAACGUCAGUAUUCUAUAUGCAGAUAUUGUGGGAUUCACCCGCCUGGCUAGUGACUGCUCACCAGGAGAGCUGGUUCACAUGCUGAAUGAACUCUUCGGCAAAUUCGACCAGAUCGCUAAGGAGAAUGAGUGCAUGAGGAUCAAAAUUCUGGGGGACUGCUACUACUGCGUGUCUGGCCUUCCGGAAUCCCUGCCCAACCACGCCAAAAAUUGCGUCAAAAUGGGACUCGACAUGUGUGAAGCUAUAAAGAAAGUGCGGGAUGCCACCGGAGUAGACAUUAAUAUGAGGGUCGGAGUCCAUUCAGGCAAUGUUCUGUGUGGUGUCAUUGGGCUUCAGAAAUGGCAAUAUGAUGUUUGGUCACAUGAUGUUACACUAGCCAACCACAUGGAGGCUGGAGGUGUGCCUGGGCGUGUCCACAUCUCCUCGGUAACCCUGGAGCACCUGAAAGGGGCGUACAAAGUUGAGGACGGGGAUGGGCAAAACCGAGAUCCCUAUCUGAAGGAACAUGGGGUCAUCACCUUCCUGGUCAUCAACCCCAAGGCGGAGAGGCGCAGCCCGCAGCUCAGCUGCCGUCCCCGGAACUCGCUGGACGGGGCCAAAAUGAGGGCGUCGGUCAGGAUGACCCGCUACCUGGAGUCCUGGGGGGCCGCCAAGCCCUUCGCCAACCUGCACCACCGCGACAGCAUGAGCACCGAGAACGGCAAAAUCAACACCGUGGAUGUGCCAAUGGGGCAGUAUCAUUACCAGCGCAGAACAGAACGAAAAUCCCAGAGGAAGAGAUUCGAGGAGGAGCUGAAUGAACGAAUGAUUAGAACCAUUGAUGGAAUCAACUCCCAAAAACAAUGGCUGAAAUCUGAAGACAUCCAGAGGAUAUCCUUGUUCUUUCACAAUAAGACACUAGAGAAGGAGUACAGAGCAACGACUUUGCCGGCUUUCAAGUAUUACGUCACCUGUGCAUGCCUGAUAUUUUUCUGCAUCUUCGUAGUACAGAUUCUGGUCUUGCCGAAAACUGCAGUCCUGGGGAUAUCCUUUGGGAUGGCGUUCGUCCUGCUGUCCUUGAUCCUGCUCAUCUGUUUCGCCGGCCACCUCUUGCAAUGCAGCAAAUCCGCCUCCGGUUCCCUGCUCUGGAUCUUGAGCUCGUCCAGAAUCAUCGCCAACAAACCCUGGCCACGUCUCACCCUCACCAUGACAACCACUACACUGAUAUUAAUAAUGGCCGUUUUCAAUAUGUUUUUCUUAGAAGACAAAAUGAUGCCUGCAGCGUCGAACGCCUCCAAUGAAACGUCGUAUUACUCGAACGCCCAGGGUCCGCAAUUCCCAGAGAAUAAUUUUUUCUACCUUCCUUAUUUUAUAUACAGUUGCAUUCUGGGCCUUGUCUCGUGCUCAGUGUUCCUGAGGAUUAACUACGAGCUGAAGAUGGUGAUCAUGCUGGCCGCUGUGGCGGGCUACAACACCAUCAUCCUCCAGACUCACGCUCCCGUGCUGGACGAGUACAGCAGGUUCCUCUACAAAAGCCAGAGUCUGGACAGACCAGGAGUUCUGAAAGACCUGAAGACGAUGGGCUCUGUCUCUCUAUUCAUAUUUUUCAUCACUCUGCUUGUUUUGGCUAGACAGAAUGAAUAUUACUGUAGGUUAGAUUUCCUGUGGAGGAACAAGUUCAAGAAGGAAUGCGAGGAGAUCGAGACCAUGGAGAACCUCAACCGCGUCCUGCUAGAGAACGUUCUUCCAGCCCACGUUGCAGAGCACUUCUUGGCGCGUAACUGGAAGAAUGAGGAUUUGUACCACCAGUCGUAUGACCUGGUCUGCGUCAUGUUUGCCUCAAUUCCAGACUUCAAAGAGUUCUACACCGAAUCAGACGUCAACAAAGAGGGCUUGGAAUGCCUGAGACUGCUCAAUGAGAUCAUUGCAGAUUUUGAUGAGUUGCUGUCCAAGCCCAAGUUCAGCGGCGUAGAGAAGAUCAAGACUAUCGGCAGUACUUAUAUGGCCGCCACGGGCCUGAACGCGUCCCCUGGGCCAGAGUACACACAGGAACAUGACAGACAGUACAUGCACAUCGGCACAAUGGUGGAGUUUGCCUUUGCGCUGGUGGGAAAACUCGACGUCAUCAACAAACAUUCCUUCAAUGACUUCAAACUCAGAGUCGGCAUCAACCACGGCCCCGUCAUCGCCGGGGUCAUUGGAGCGCAGAAGCCCCAGUACGACAUUUGGGGGAACACCGUGAACGUGGCCAGCCGGAUGGACAGCACCGGGGUACUUGGGAAAAUACAGGUCACAGAGGAGACCAGUCGGAUCCUUCAGACCCUCGGUUACAUGUGCUCCUGCAGAGGAAUAAUCAACGUCAAGGGGAAAGGGGAGCUGAAGACCUUCUUCGUUCACACGGAGAUGACCAGGUCCCUCUCGCAAGGGAACGUAAUGCCCUGACCGUUGUGCAUGAAAAACUGCAGCUGGCCAACAGGCUCGACCACGACCAGGCUGCCAAGCGAAUCCGCAUCCGAAACCACAGCGCGCGUCCUGUAAAUAGCUCCGCCUUGUCCGUAGAUGAUCGAAAUCUUGGAUGGAUUUAUUUACAGUGCAAGUGGUGCCGUGUCUCCAUCUCACGAACUGGGUUGUGUGCUACAGGUAUUUAGAUACAUUAGGAGCAGUUUUGUAAGAAAACGAAUAAACAAAAAGUGUUUUGAUGUUUUAAUGACAUUGUUUUGUAAAGCCUAUUCAUUAAAAGUUUGUACAUAUGA